UUGUAGCUAUUAUACCCAAUCAUAUUUUCUGACACCCCCAAUCAAUGUUUUCUCUCUCACUCUAUUUUCUCUCUCUAAAAUUCCUUCCUUCAUCCUCCACAACUUCCAUUUUUUUUGAUGGAUUUUAUUUUUCAUUAAUUUGUAAAAAUUCAUAGUUUUAUUUUUUAGUUCUCCCCAAAAAAUAAGGAAAAAAUGGCAGCAUACUAUCACAAUAAUCAUGGGACAAGUACAGAAAUCCAAGACCAUAAUACUAACAAUUUUCACACACUAAUUCUCAUGAACCCAAAUUUAGCUGAUCCUCAACACCACCACCAACAACCACCACCAUCAUCUCACAACAUCCUUCUACUAAACUCGGUCGCGGCCGGUCUUUCGCCUCCACAGCCACUUCUUCCUCAACACCACUUUGUUCGUCUCCCUACAUCGCCGCCUCAACCUAAUAAUGUUACCUUGUACGGAUACCCAUCUCAUGAGGCGCGUGACAUCCCACGCGCUAGGCAGGGGCUGUCCUUGAGCUUAUCAUCCCAGAACCCCGCGCUAGGUGGAGGAUCCCAGCAAGCUGGAGAGGAUGACGUGGCAGGUGGGCAGGGUUUCGUGUUAGGGUCUAAGUACUUGAAGGCAGCUCAGGAGCUGCUUGAGGAGAUUGUACAUGUUGGUGAUGAGGGCGGAGCUGUGUUCAAAACAAGCAGUACCAAUACUGAUGGUUCACCUAAGAAGGGUAAUAAAGGUACGACAGGCGAGUUUUCGUCCGAGGAUAAGGAAAAACACAGCCCCAGUGGUGGUGGUGGACAGCUGAACACGGCCGAGAGGCAGGAGAUUCAGAUGAAGAAGGCAAAACUUGUAACCAUGCUUGAUGAGGCGGAGCAAAGGUACAGGCAAUACAAUCACCAAAUGCAAAUAGUAAUGGAAUCGUUUGAGCAAGCAGCAGGAAUGGGAUCAGCAAAGACAUACACGGCGUUAGCAUUGAAGACAAUUUCAAGGCAAUUCCGGUGUCUAAAAGAUGUUAUUCAAGGGCAAAUCCGAGCAGCCAACAAGAUUUUAGGUGAUGAUCAAGAGGGUGGUUCAGGUUCAUCAGCUGGUGGGAAGAUUGAAGGGUCGAGGUUGAAAUACAUUGAUCAUCAGAUUAGGCAGCAACGCGCACUGCAGCAGCUAGGAAUGAUCCAAAACCCCAAUGCUUGGAGGCCUCAAAGAGGGUUACCUGAGAGAUCAGUUUCUGUUCUUCGCGCUUGGCUGUUUGAGCACUUCCUUCACCCGUACCCGAAAGAUUCUGAUAAAAUAAUGCUUGCUAAACAAACCGGGCUGACUCGAAGUCAGGUGUCAAAUUGGUUCAUAAAUGCUCGUGUACGUCUAUGGAAGCCAAUGAUUGAAGAAAUGUACACAGAAGAGCUAAAAGAUCAAGAACAUGAUAAUGAAUUAUCAGAGAAAUUAGCAAGCAGCAGCAAGGAUAACAGCAACAAUGAGGAUAACAAUAAUGUAGGAGCUUUAAAUUCCAUCAAAAACCAAGAGAUAAAAAUCAACAUUGCUGAAAAUCAACAACUUAAAGAUCAAAACAAUGCUGCUGCUGCUACAUCCUCGUUUAUUGGCAUUCCCACGAAUUCCGACACACCCUUUAAAGGUAACAAUAUCCUGACUCAACAUCAACAUGGAUUCACUCUAACAAGCUCAUUAGAGAUGGAUGGUGGGGUUUCGCAAAGAAGUCCCAAGAGACCAAGAAACGAUAAGGUCCUUCGAUACGAUGAGAACACUACUAAUGGCGAGAUCAUGAUAAAAUUUGGGAAUCAGAAGCAAGAAAGACAGGAUGGGAAUGGGUAUCCAAUCAUAUCAGGGGGAAUGAACUUCAUUGGAGGCGGAGGCGAGGAGAAGCAAGGAAGAGAGAAUGUGAAUGUGAAUGUGAAUGAGAAUGGGUAUCCCAUCAUAUCAGGAGGAAUGAACUUCAUUGGAGGCGGAGGCGAGGAGAAGCAAGGAAGAGAGAAUGUGGAUGUGAAUGUGAAUGAGAAUGGGUAUCCCAUCAUAUCAGGAGGAAUGAACUUCAUAGGAAUGGGAGGAGGUGAAUUAGGAACAUACCAAAUUGGAGAAAUAGGGAGGUUUGAAACAGAGGAUUUCUCUCAACCACCAAGAUUUCUUCAAGGAAAUGGGAUUUCCCUUUCCUUAGGAUUACCUCCUUCCUGUGAAAAUCAUCCUCAACAACUCGAAAAUCUGUCUGCGACAAAUCAUACAUUUCUGUCACCUAAUCAGAACAUCCAGUUUCGUCGAGCUAAUGAUUUUGGUACAAUUAACAGCCCUUCCUCACACUCAUCAGCAGCUGCAUUCGAGUGUAUCGAUAUCCAAAAUCGAAAGGGGUUUGCAGCUCAGUUGCUACCAGACUUUGUGGCUUGAGAAGGGGCAGAACAAGAACUUAUUAGGUAGUAUGUAGUAGUAAAUAUAGGAUUACUAUACCUUCUUUUGCAUAGAAUUAGUGACAUAUAUUGUUCAAAUAGUUGAAGAUUGGGGAUAGUAUAAAGUUAUUGGGAAUGUAUAUUAAAUUUUGUAGCAUAUUGUUGUUAUAUAAAGAUAGUAAAUAGAUUGGAAUGUCAUUAGAAUACAUAAGGUUUUAGCUUUUAUAUGGUAAUUGCAUGAUUUGGGGUUUAUUUUUCUAAAAUAAAAAGCUUUUUUUCUUGAAGAGUAAAGUUAUAUUCUGUUCAAAUUAGCUUGUAAUAGUAUAUUAAUAUCAUGUAUCAGUAUCUUUCUGAGU